UGACUGGCUGACUCUUCCUCUGUUUCUCAGCCUGGAAGUCUCUGUUGCCUAGCAACCGCUCCAGACGGAUGGAGGCAGCUACGGUUUCUAGCAGUGACGAACACCGAGCAGCUCUGAACCGGGUCUCGGGUCUCGUUCUCCCGUCUGCUGCGAACGGAAGGCUCUCCUGCACAGAUUCAUCAGACCUCAGCUGAUCGGGAAGCUUGGAGGAAGAGGAGGGACAAGAGGAAGAGGAGUUCCUGGUAGGAAACAGUUAAACGUUGCGUCUUGCGGCUCCGCUCUGUAUUCCCGUCAUGAGCGGCGAGGGUUGGAAGCAUCGAGUGACGUCAGUCGGCAUUGCAGGCGGAGCGGACACUGAGGGGGAAAUAUAGGACACCGAGGAAGAGGAGGAAGAGGACUGCAGUAAUCCAGAGAGAAGCAGAAAGCAGCAGCUCUUCAUCAGUUUUCUCAAGGCCCCUGCAGGAUGAAGAAGGUACUGCGUCUCUCUCAGUCGUGACCUGACCCCUGACCCCCCCACCGACACUCUGCGCCGUCAGAAGCAGCUCCUCCUGCAUCGGUCGCAUCAUGGACGGCUUCCGGCUGCCGCCCGUCAUCGAGGAGGUGCUGGACCCCUCUGAUGAGCUGUGUGAGCUGAAGGAGGACAAACCCGGCAUGCUGGCCGAUACCCUGACAGCCAAGGAGAGGGAGUCCAUGGAGGAGAAGGAGGAGCCUGAGGGAGACGGAGAGAAGGGCCAGCAGGAGGAAGAGAUGGAAGUGAAGGAGAGGGAGUCUGAAGAAGAAGAUCAGGAAGAGGAGGAGGAUCUGGAGGAGCUUAGAGCUCAGGUGCUGCAACUUCUCCUGGAGCUGGAUGAGACUCGAGAGGUUUCUCAGCGACACGAAGAGAGCUUCAUGGAGCUGCAAGGUCUGCUAGAUGAGGAGCGGCUGGCGAGCGCCCAUCAGGCGGAGAGCUUCACCCGGCAGAUCCAGAGGCUGCAAGCUCAGCUUCGGUCGGCGCAGGAGGAGAUGAGCAGCCUGGAGGAGGAGAAGGAGAAGGAGAGCGAGCUGGUGGAGGUCCAGCAGGAGCUGCGCUCGGCUCAGGAGGAGGUUCUGGUGCUGCAGCAGGCGGCCGAGGAGGCGGCGGCAGAGAGGGAGAACGACAUCGCCUCCCUGCAGGAGGAGCUGUGCCGCCUGCGGGUGGAGCUGCAGCACCUGCACGCCACGGCGGCCGAGUACGAGCUGGAGGUCACCUCGCUGAGAGCCGAGCUGAGCAUGAAGAGCCGCCGCACGGCCCGGUCAGGUGAUGUGACUCAGCUGCAGGAAGAGGUCAUUUCUCUGACCGAUGAGCGUCAGACUCUGAGCAGCAACAACAGGGAGUUGAGCAACAAGUUGGAGCAACUGCUGCAGCAACGAGACAUGUGUGGUGACUCGUACCUGGAAGUCAGAGUCGAGGGCCAAACUGAGGAGGAGGUUCAGCUAAAGGCGGAUUCCUACAUCACUCUGUCCCAGUCCAAACCCGGACUGCAGAAUCUGGACUCGUCAGCGGUCCAGGAUGAAAUCAGGACCCUGAAGGUCCAGCUGAGAAUGGCAGAAGAGUUGGCUCUCAAGGUCCAGCUGGAGUGUGAAGGUCUAAAGAAGGAGCUGGAGGAGCUGCAGCAGCUGCACGAAGGCAGCCAGCGGGAGCGAGCAGCUCUCCAGCUGCAGCUGCAGAGCUGCAAGGCGGAGCUGCAGGAGCUGCUGGGACGAAAGUUGCAGAACUGCACCCGUCCUUCAGAGCCCCCCGUCCUCUCCAUCCCGUUCAUAGGAUUGAUUGUUAUAGUGGCGUUGAUUUGGUGCUGGUGGGAGGAGCUGGCGUCCUAAGGGACCAGAAAAGCGACUCUGAAGGCUGGAACAUGGCGGUGGCGGCGGUCGCGGUGGCGGCCAUUUUGGUUCUGGUUGUCCCCAGAUUUACCAGGGCCUGAGGACUAACAGGAAGUGACCUCACGGCAUGCUGUGGGAACCUGUUGGCUUGCUCUCAUCCAUCCAUGAUGUCUCCAUGAUGCAACUCUGCACAGACGUCAGAGUGGAGGAAAGACUGGUUGUUGUUCCUGGAGGUCAGCGGGUCAUUCAGCUCUGGGCUUUGCAGAUCCACCACUAUGAUCCAUUUUUAUUCCACAGCUAGCAUUAGAGCACAACGUGUUGGAUGUGUGAACUGACAGAACUCCUACAGAAAAAUACCAUGAUGUUAAAAUGGUUGGACGCCUUUGAAAAUGUAAUUAAUUAGAGGCUUUUUAAAUUAAUCACCAUUUGAUCAAAAACUAAAUCUGACACAAGAAGCAAAGUUUCAAAGUUCAUCAGUUAACAUGAAGCUUGUCUGAUGACCGACUCAAACCAUAGAUAUGAGCAACUUUCACCUUGACUGAGUGCAAACUGGAAUGUUGAGGUAAAUAUCAGUCAAUGAGCGGAGAACGUUCCCGUUCUCAAACACACAUCAGAACUUCACCCAAAGUGGUCCUUCUUUCCAGCCUGGGGAAUCGGGUUCAUAAAUCUGGAUUUUUAGGUUUGCAUCUAAUUUUAAACAAUCAUUUAAUAAUAAUAACUUGAACUAUAAUGACAUGCAGAUUUUUCACAGAAAACCUGCUAAAGUUGGUUGUUUAAAUGUCAAGUUUCAGGUCAACGUUUUUGGACUUUUCCUCUUUCUGCAGAUUGAAUUCCACCAGAAAGCAUCAAACCCAGAUGUUGUAAAAUGUUCUCCUCUCCCUCCAGUUAGUUCAUCCCAUAGAAGAGCAACCUGGUUCACACGUUGGCAACUUUCUGGAAACUCUCAUGUUUCAGUCUUCUGCAAAUUGCACAUCAAGCCAACAAUUCUCUCUAGCAUCCGCCAGGGGGCGGUGCAGCUUCCUCUGCAGCCCUGAUUGCUGGAGAGAAGAAUCUUCUGUUUGGUUCCGUUUGGUUCUGAAGGGAAGUGUUUAGGCGCUGAAUCCGUCGGUGAUGUGAGGGAAGGUCUUUCCACUGUCCAGCUGAUAAAUGAAUGAUUUAUUGCUGACAUUUCAGACACGUUACAUGUAUUUAGCUCUUUAUUAUCUCUUCCUGAACUAAAGUAACACUUUGCACAUACUGAGUAGCUCUGACUACUAGAAACUGUAGCAAGGAGAACUUUAAUGUUUUCUUCAUCCAUUGACUCUGCUUCAGUCUGCUUGAUGCUUCUUGUGUUUUUAUCUAAUGACUGAGCUUUAUUUUCUCUAAUAAUUCCUUUAUAAAGUGACAAAACUUCCAUUUCUGUGUUUGUCGUUGUGCAGCAGCCAAUGUAGCAGUGAAACAUGGAGCUUAUUUAACUGAUUACACUGUGGUGAUACCAAAGUUGCUUUAAAAGUUCAAAUAUUUUAGCACAGAUUUGUGUAAGAGACUGUUCAUGGGAUUCAGUUCAAUAAAGCUUUGUUUAUUUUGAUGGGGGGGGGGGGUCUAAUGGGGGAAAAACUGACUGGAAAAGUAGCUCUGAUUUAAUUCAGCUCCAAAAUAUUCCUUUAAUCCCAAAGAGAAAAGAAAUGCACACUACAGAGGCCCAACAGAACCAGAACAGAACCAGGGUUCUUAAUCAGGUUGUCGAGCCUCUUCUGGUUCUGGUUCUGGUCCUCCUAUAGACCCUUCUCUGUCUCCAGUCCAGUCUGUCCAGAUGAACACUGGGGGUUCUAUAAUCCUCUGCUGUGAUGGAAACAGGGUUUGACCUUUGACCUUUCUCUUGAUCACUUGUUGGCAGUAAGGAUGAUUGUCCACCAGCUUUGAUCCUCUGACAGCUGCAGAGUAAUCUGAGUAUUUCUGGAGAUGACAGGAGUCGGACUGCUGGACCUUCAUAAUGUGGGUCGUCAUGGCAACAGGUCUACAAUCGUUGAGCGCAGAAUAAAGCGGGAUGUCUUCCACAACGCUGGAACAAUCCGUCCAUCUGAUCCUCCUUUUGCUCGCAGCCUGAGAUCUUCCUCCUUCCUGAUUCUCUGAUUUGGUUCCUCUGCAGUUUGUCCUCCAGGUUCUUCCUGUUCUUCUGUCUCUGAUCUGGACUGGAGCUGCUUCUGUUCCCCGUCUCCUUCCCUAAAGGCUCUUUGGUUUCUUCAGGUCCCUGUUGAUCCAGGGUUUGUUAUUCUCUCUGUUUUGGUGGCGACGCUGCCGUCUACACAGAGGUUCAGAUCAGUAAUGGCUCUGAUGUCAUCUCCAUGAGGCUGGCAGAGAGCGAUCCAAUCAGUAGCCUCAAAACAAGCCAGCAUGGUUUCUUCAGCUUCCUGUGAUUGUCUUCUCGCAGUAUUCUUCUUUAGAGAUUGCCUCUGAAUAACGGCUUUAUACUCCUGGCAGAGAAAAAUAACAUUGUGAUCUGAUUUUCUAAGGGGAGGUCUUGCAGUGAUGUAUGCAAACCUGACAUUCACAACAAAUCUAGAAUUUGUUGCUGAGGAAACAUUUAGUUUUGUCUGGCAGAAGAGCUGAUUGAGUGUUAAAAUGUUGGAAGUGCGGCAGAGAGUGAGACAUAAUUUAGAUCACCAGAUAUUGUCACAAACACGUUGGGUGUUGUGGUUGUAGCUUAGCAACAACUGAACUGAUGACUUCAUGUGCAGCUGAUGGUGGGACGGAAACAGCUGCCAAAAUAACACUGGUGAACUCUCCUGGUAAAUAAUAUGGAUAAAAACUUGAUGCUACCAGCUCAGUAUAUGAUGAGAGAAGAUGUUCCAUGUCCUGUACCUUUUGUGAAACUAAACUAGUCCAACUCUUAACUUCCCAGUUCAGACAGGAUGAAUAAAGAAAACUUUGCCUGUUGCAUAAAUGUCUCCUCAAUGUAAAAAUGUGCUAGUGAGGAUGUUGAUUCUCUCCAAUAUGAUUUAAUGUAGUGCAUAAAAAACAUUGUAGGAUUCUUUAGCUAUUAGAAUAAUCCACAUUUACUGAAUGAUGAUCGGAGGGUUAGACUUACCAGAUUUGAUUUUCUCUCUAGGUUUGAACAUUUUGUCAGGUAACAAUCUCUUCUGCUUUUCCGUAUUUAGGUAAGUUUAUACUUAUAUUUGACUGGAGACCAAAAUAUAGAGAGUAAAACGAAACUGAUCCUGAUCAGCGGAGACGCAGUGCCUUGGAGCAAGAAAUUCCUGCACACAGUCUGAAGUCGAUGUGUCUGGUUAUUGGACCUGCCAGGACGAGCGUGAGAACCAAACUUUUCAUGAACCAGCUGUAAAAAUGUCUGCAACAGUCUAGAAAACUGAACGUCUGAAAAGCUGCAGGAAAAGGGAGGAUCUGCUGGAUGAGAACCUGGUCACAGCAGCUUCCUGCAGCUUUUCUAGACUUUCUGUAAAUUCCUGGCAUGUCAGCCAAGCAGAGAUCAACAUGAACAUUUUAGCAAACAAUCUAAUGUCUUCAGUUUUUGAUAGAAGAGUCCGGCGGUGACCUCCUGGCUCUUUGCUGUCUGUAGUUUGAAUCAAACUGGGCUCUACAUAAACUCCGUACUCAGACCUGAACACCAACAUCACAACAACUUAGUUUGAGUUUUUUCAGCUUUCCAAUUUGUUGGGAUUAUCUUGAGUUGUCUCUGGAGGUCAAAGGUCAAUAAUCUAGCUGUAGUUGUUUAUCAGAAAACGAUGUUGAACUGUCAUUCUGCAUGCGACGCUACCAACAUUAAUAACCUGCAUGGUUCUGAUCCAGAAGUUCAGCUCAGAUGUUUGUUCUGUAAUUUUCUGCACUAAUAAAAAUGUUUUAUGUCUCACAGCAGAACUUU